UCGAACAUUUGCUUGCUUACAUUCAUUAUAUUUGUAUUUUAAGUGUCACAGAAUAAAUUAAAAAUGAUUAGUAAUAAUUAUUUUUUGCCUGGUUUUUUGAAAAAUAUUUUUGUUAUACUUGUUUUAACUAAUAUAGCUUUCGCAAUGAAUGAUGAAAUAGAUAUACAACCUCCUGAUUAUAACAGUAUUUUUGACUAUUCAUUUUUACAAAUAAUAAGUACAUUUGAAAAUAAUAUCGCAACAUGGAUUCAAGUAAAAUAUAAAAAAGACAUUAAAUACUCACUAAGUUUAGAUGAUAUUAUAUUAUUAUCAAAGGCCUGCAAAAAUGAUUAUAUUUGUAGAAAAAAUAAAAUUAAUAGUUUAAACAACUUAAAAACAAUACUCGAAUCUUUGGAAUGUUUUCAUGUUUUUUUAAGUCUCCAAAUAUUAAAUAUUUUUGAUAACGAUAUUACGAAAAAAAAAGAAAAUCCAAAUCAUAAAUUCAAAUUAGGAUAUCAACAUGUAAGAGAUUACGCGGUAAGAAUGUUGUCAUUUUUUACUUAUGGCAAAUUUGUAGUUAACAGUUGGCAGUUUCUCUUUUCAAUGAAAGUUAUUGAUAUGGUAAGACUUGAAAAAGAUAAGCAAAAAUCGUUUGAAGACAUAUUAGUGUAUAUUAAUAAUUCAUCGUUAUUAACAUCUAUGAAUGAGUUUUGCGAAAAUUGUAAAACAUCUAGCCAAUUCUUCGCAUCAUUUUCUUUAAAUUUAUCUAAAAUUUAUCAAGACAUACCUGAUCCAUUCAGUAUUCCUGGAAAUGUUAAAUCAUAUAUAACGAAUAUGUUGUCGAGAGUAAAUAUUGAUUGUGUAACUAAAAUGGAUAGAAUAUCUCAUAUGUUAAUAAAAAAAGCAAACCAACAAGAAAUAGAAAUUCAUCCAGAUUUUGAAAAAAAAAAACAAGAUAUUCUUAAGAGUCUUAAAUUGAAUAAACUCGAAAUUGAAAGUUAUGAGAAAAAUACUGUAAGUGGCUCACAUUGUUAUAUAGGAGAAGAGAAUCUAGGAAAACGUCUUCGGGCUACUUAUUUUUACCGCGCAUGUACAAUAAAUCUAACAACAUGUGAAGAGAGAUUAUUAAAAAAAGUAAUGUACACUAAUAAGAAAAAAGAAGUCAUUAUAACCGAUGAAGACGAAAACAAUUUUUAUCGUAAUAAAUAUGGCAUAAAUAGCGAAAAACUAGCAAUAAAUGAAUUUAAUAACAAAAUGAAUGUAAAUAUUCAACCAUGUGGUGUAUUUAUUGAUGAAAAUUUAAACUAUUUGGUUGCAAGUCCAGAUGGUUUGAUUGGAAAGGAUGCUAUUGUUGAAGUUAAAUGUCCUUUUAAUGUCAGAAACAUGAUUCCUGAAGAUGCCAUUAAAAAUAAAAAUAUAAGACACGUUUUUUUUGAUAAAAAUGGAAAUCUAUUACUCAAACGCCAUUCUCAAUAUUUUUAUCAAAUACAAGGAGAAUUGCAUAUAACAAAAAGACAGUAUUGUUAUUUUAUAAUUUGGACUCAAAAAGGAAUGGUUUAUGCAACAAUUACGCGUGAUGACAAAUUUUGGAAUGAUAAUAUGGAAAGUCAACUAAUUAACUUUUAUGAAAACCGCAUGAUACCUGAAUUAAUCAAUUCUCAAUUAUUUGAAAAUAAUGAAAAACAGUCUAGCUAAUAUGUUUUUUUAUUUAAAAAAUUAAUUAUUUACUGAUUAUAUUUGUUUAAAUAUUCAGAGUGAUUAUUUAUCAGAACCAACUCAAUUACUUACAGAAUAAAAAUAAUUUUUUUUUUUACCUUUAGUUAGAUAUUAUCUUGAAUUAUUAGCUAUGUAAUAAUUUUUAAGAACCGGUAAUAAGUAUCGAUUCCAUUAGUAGUUUGACUACAUUUACACUCACAUCAUGCACCCGACAUCCUGGCACAACUAAAGCAGACUUUUAAGUCAUCUGUGCUGAGAUCCAAAGCUUCACCACCAAUAACUCCUCCAUCAAGCAACAUAAAGUCAGUCCCCGGUUCCACGUCAUCAGUCCAAUCAUCCACUGAAUAGAACUGCAAAGAAAAGAAGUAAUAGCAAAUGGUGGAAAAUAAUGAAAAUCAAUAUAGCCAAUAUGUUUUUUUGUUUAAAUACUGAAUAAUAAGUUGAUUGUAUAUUUUUAAAAUUUUUAUUUUACUAGAAUUCAAAUAUCAGUUUUAUUUAAAAUAUAGGUAAAUGC